ACUUUGCCUAGGGCCUCCAAUUAUCUAAAGCCGGCCUUGGCACAAGUUUCUACUUUCGUUUCAGUUUACAGCACAUUUUUUUUUUUAAAGUGCCCAUGAAGGGAGAUAAUUUAGAGUUGAACUACAGUAUCCAAGAAUUUCACACCCACGACCUUGUGAUCGAAUAUAGGAACGGCAAUCCGUUGGUCGAAACAAACAACUUUGUUAUCAGGUCUCUCUCUCAGUUGUCUCCCUUGUCACUAUAAUUAACUCUCCAGUGGGAAUACAAAAAAAGUAAGACCGGCACCAGCAUGUCAUUGUUGAAGUAGAACACUUCAAUGUAUUCAUACUGACGAUAGUAUAGUGUGUACUAAAUCUAGGUCUUCCUUGACAUGUCAGGUUAUCUCGUGUACAAAUACAGGGUGGGAGCUCUAACAAGAACAAUACAAUAACAUUUUGUGUCAUUGUCGAAUUUGUGUUUCAAAUGGCGAUAUAAUUUCUGGAUUAUGUUCCUUCUAAUAAGAUCAAGUUCUAUGUCUUUCAGUAAACUUUGAAAAAAAUGGAUAAAAAUAGUACUAAAAAGCCUGGCUUAACUGUCGGAUUGAAAGGUGCCAGCAAAAUGAAACAAGAUCCGAACCCUAAUCCGUCUGGAAUCAAGAAAAAUAAAAGCACUCCAAAUUUCGCGCCAAGCAACGUUCACGAUGCGAGCCAUCAGCACGCAGAACCCCCACGUCAAUUUCUCGUCACACACACCUCUGACAACUGGAAGAUACGAAAAGCCGCGAAACAGGCGGCUCUGGAGGCGCAGAAGAGACAGGAAGAGGAAAUGGCCAAGCAGAAAGCAGCAUCCGAGUCACGUGAUACGAAAUCGAACGGAGAUGACGCAGCGCUGACGCGGGAAAAGAUUUUAUCGCUAAAAUGGCGGCGCCAGUCAGCAGACGAUGUUAUGCUGGCUAAGCGAAACAAGGACUCAUUGCAAAACAUUCUAAGCCAAAGAAAAAAGUCGUUGAUCCCAGGGCUUCUUGGUUUAGAGAAUCGCAAAAUGUCAGUUGAGUCGGACGAGGUCGCAUCCCAGGGAUUAGAUAUACUAGAGGAGGACGUCAAAGAUAAAUCGGAGGAGGAGAUUUCCUCAAGAAGAGAGCAGGAGGAGGACGAUGCAUCGUCAAACUCACUCAGUGAUAAUCUCGGCAACGAGGAUGAUGAUAGAUACUCUAUACUAUCUGACACGCCAGGACCGUCUUUCCUAGAGUUGAAUUCUGAUGACUUUGACACAGAUCUAAGCGACGACGAAGAUGCAGAGACUGAAAAGAAACACAGAAGAAAGCGAAAUAAAACCCUAGAAAACUACAAGACAGCGUGUGCAAAACUGCAACUCAAACCGAAUCAGACGUUCUUGAGGCAAUGUGGAAGACCAACCAUCGACAUCAGGAAUAGAAUGCUCACUCACAAAGACGCCAAGCCCAUCGCCAUAGCCCUGGUGGAUGACACUAAGAUCAGUUUUCUGGACAUAUCGGACAACCCAUUAGGACCAGCUGGACUUAAGUGCAUCUCUGAAAUGCUGACAGCCAACGAAAGCAUUGUGGAACUGAAUCUAUCCAACACACAGCCAGGGAGGGAAGGCCUGGCGGAGUUGUCACAGGCGCUAAGCAAAAAUAAAACAAUCAGACGGGUCUAUCUGGACAGCAACACCACUGACCAAGCUGAUGGUGACCUAAUAGCUGAAUUAAUUACUGAGGUUCCGGACUUAAGAGAAUUGUACAUCUCCAAUAAUUGUCUCGGCUUCUCGGGUGGGAAAAAAAUAGCAGGGGCCUUAGCGUCCGACAAAGGGAGGCUAAGUGUCCUUGACCUUCAGUACAACCACAUACGUACAGACAGCGCUGUGCAGAUAGCAUUGGCUUUGGCGAAAAACUCAACCCUUCGAACUCUGAACCUUGCUUGGAACGGCCUUGGUACGGAAGGUUGUCGUGCACUGGCGAGGUCUCUGGAAGCCAACAGCUCUCUCACAGAAUUAGACCUAACGUGCAAUAGACUUGGGAUCAAGUCCCUGGAGUUUUUACUGAAAGGGAUCAUCAAGAACCGAGGAUUGACAACUCUAAAGAUAGGAAACAAUCCAUUGACAACACAAGGGGUGAAAGCUUUACUUCAAACUAUCGUUUUGGCUAAAGACUCAGAACUGACUCACAUAGAUCUACAGGGUAUUCCUAUCGACACGGAAUGUCUGAAGCUUAUAGAGAAACUGAAGGAGACAAGGAAUGUCCAAAUAAUCUACGACCCAACCAUACACAUAGCCACAGUUGACCAAACCAAGGAGUUUGACGGAACCAAUCUGGACCGGUUCGACCCGGUCAUGGUUAUGUUCGAGUAUAUGAAGAAAGACAACCUAAGAGUUAUAGACCUUUUUCAGUUCAUGGACGCCAAGAAACGAGAAAAGCUGAGCAGAAAUGAUAUCAGAAGUGGGUUUAAUAUUCUGAUGAUUCCUUUUACAGAGCAUGCUAUUGACGUUAUAAUGGAGAAGGUGGAUACCAACAGAGAUGGUUAUAUUACUUUAGAAGAAAUGACCAAAGCUUACAGAGAGAACGAUAGAACAGUCAAACUCCGAAGGAUCAGAGCCAACAAGAAGAAACGAAAGGACCAAGGGCUGGAAGAUCUCUGGAAAAUUCUGAAAGAGCUCAUCGCGAAGAGAAAAGCAGUGAACGACAAACGAGCUCAGGCUGGACAGUAGCAGACGAUAUAAAGAAAAUAUAGUAGCAGACGAUCUAAUAAAAAAGAUAGUAGCAGACGAUGUAAAGAAAAUAUAGUAGCAGACGAUAUAAAGAAAAUAUAGUAGCAGACGAUAUAAAGAAAAUAUAGUAGCAGACGAUAUGAAGAAAAGAUAGUAGCAGACGAUCUAUAAAAAAAAAGAUAGUAGCAGACGAUAUAAAGAAAAAAUAGUAGCAGACGAUCUAAACAAAAAAAGAUAGUAGCAGACGAUCUAAAAAAAAAAGAUAGUAGCAGACGAUAUAAAGAAAAGAUAGUAGCAGACGAUCUAAAAAAAAAAAAGAUAGUAGCAGACGAUAUAAAGAAAAGAUAGUAGCAGACGAUCUAAAAAAAAAAAGAUAGUAGCAGACGAUAUAAAGAAAAGAUAGUAGCAGACGAUGUAAAGAAAAGAUAGUAGCAGACGAUCUAAAAAAAAAAAGAUAGUAGCAGACGAUAUAUAGAAAAGAUAGUAGCAGACGAUCUAAAAAAGAAGAAGAUAGUAGCAGACGAUAUAUAGAAAAGAUAGUAGCAGACGAUGUAAAGAAAAGAUAGCAGCACACAAUAUAAAGAAAAGAUAGUAGCAGACGAUAUAAAGAAAAUAUAGUAGCAGAUGAUAUAAAGAAAAGAUAGCAGCACACAAUAUAAAAAAAAGAUAGUAGCAGACGAUAUAAAGAAAAUAUAGUAGCAUAUGAUAUAAAGAAAAGAUAGCAGCACACAAUAUAAAGAAAAGAUAGUAGCAGACGAUAUAAAGAAAAUAUAGUAGCAGAUGAUAUAAAGAUAAAAGAUAGCAGCACACUAUAUAAAGAAAAGAUAGUAGCAGACGAUAUAAAGAAACGAUAGUCGCAUACUUUACUAUUAAUUUAUACCAGAAGAUUAAAUAUUACCUAUAAGAAGACGAUUUAAUAAAAAAAAAUGUAAUGUCUUCACCUGAAUUUAAGCUCAAGACACUUCAAGACCCCUAGAUUCAGAAACCAAGUGCUUUACCACCACAGCCACCAGCUCACGCCAGAACUCUAGCCAUUCUACUAUUUGUGAAAAUUUAGUUUGAAAAUAAUUAAUUUUAUUACUCAAAGCUUAUGCAAAAUUGUUUUACCACAUCAUCAAUGGUAAAUAGAUCACUUUCACCUAACCCUUAUUCUGUUGGACUGUUGUGACACUCUAUAAAUAUCUUUCUCCAUUCCUUUCUUUUGCCUUUAAUAGAAUCCCUGUCGAUGACAGGCCCGUCCAAUAUUUUAUGUUGUCUUCCUAUUGCUUUCUCUGUCUACCUCCUCUUCCUUUUACUGUAAAUAUUCCCUGAAGGAAGGUUUUUGCGAGCCCUGAGGGCCUUGUAGUAUAGCCAUAGAGUUUUAGUUUGCUUUUUGACAAGUUGGCAGAUCAUCGUAGUGUCCGAUGUCUGAACUAAUCUUGUCUCUAAUCUCUUUGUUUGUUAUUUUGUCUAUGUGUGUCUACUUAAGGCACUGUAUUCUUUUCAUAGGACGUUGUAGCAUUUUGUAAAAUGUUUGAACAUUUUUUUCCCAUUUCCCAUUCUCGGAGCAAGUUAAAAAUGUGCGAAAUUAUUCAUUGAACCUGAAAAGACACGAAUCUAUCAAAAAAAUUUACCAAUUAGUUAAUUGAUUGUUGGUGAUUAUUUUUUUUUUCAUAUCGAAAUAAGGGGAAUAAAUGCUACUUAAUGAGAUGUGGAUGUAUAUAUGGAUUUUAUUCCCUUUAUUAUGUCCUAUUGAUUUUUGUUUCCUACUUCCCUUUCUUCGAUCAAGUGGAAAUUGUGCGUUUCUUAUUUAUAGUCGAUGACCAUACACGAAUCAAUCCAAAAAUUUAUUAGCUACUAAUUAUAUUUUUAUAUGGUAGAACUCGGGCUAAACCCUGUAAUUUUCAGAUAAAUGGCAGUAAUUAGCACUUCUUUCCCUUAAAUAAGCAUUGUUUUUUUUAUAAAGUAUUAUUUUUUUCUGUUAGUUUUUCUUUUUCGCGAUAAAUGUCCUCAAUUCGUUUCAUUAUUUGUACAUUUUGUUGCAUUAACUAACUGGUUGUUCUUUCUUCACCGUUCAUUAUAAAUAUCUUAUUGUAUGACUAUUUCAACAGUCAAAUAUUGUCUUUAAAAAAUGCUAUAAUUAAUUUGUGUUAUCCGUCCAUUAUUUAUUUACACAUGAGUCAGCCUAUUGCUCUAACCAGCUAAUUCAUCAACUCAGUCAUCGAUUUAUUAUCAUCUCAAUCAUAUUUUUUUAAAACGAUUCGUUGUGUAGAAAAAUUACAAAUGUUUAUAAAUGAUUGUUGG